AUGUAUUUGAUGCUUCAUUUUUUUGAUAACACGACAACUGCCAACCAUUUGAAAGCAAACACUUAUUAUAACUAUACUAUCUCAAGUUUUGGAGCAUUUGAAGAUGUUGAGAAUGUAAGUGUAAGUGUAACGGCAACAACCACCAACAAUUCAAGUGGAAUUUACACUGUACAAACUUCUAAUGUUCCUUCGUAUUCAAAACUUUUUGUUUUGUUUAAAAGCAUUCUUGCAAUUUUUUUCGGGAUUAUCAGCUCUUUCGGCAACUCGAUGACGUUAGUGGCUCUCUACAGGAACGCCUCUACCAUGCGUAGGACCACAGCCACGUUAACGGCCAGUCUAACGUUAUCUGCAAUUUUAACUAGUUUUGCCCUGUUCUUUUUAGCUUACUGGGGCUUACGAUUGUACUACUUUGAAACUCCUCCGUGUUUAAUGAAGAUUGAUCUGUUGAUAGCAAUACCUUUGCAACAGUGUGUCUGUGUUCUGGUAUACUUCCAGGUGAUUCUGCUCUGCGUUGAAAGAGUAAAAAAUGCCCCCUUUUUUAAAUUUUGGACAAAAAUUUUACAAACGCUAACCAUGCUCUUAAGUAUCAACGCUCAGAAACAAUCUGCAUCUGGAUACAACGUGGUGGAUGAAUGA